CCUCCUCGUGCUCUCUUCCUCUCGUCAUGUCGCUGGUCGCGUGCCUUCUCUGGACUGUGUUCAGUGGGUCGCUGGGAGGUCCGGUUCCGGUGACUCAGGAGGUCCAGACAUACCACCACCUGCCUAUGUUCUUGGACGCACCAGAGCCGGUUGUAGCACAGGAGCUGUUUCUGCCGGCCCCUCAUAAGACACCUGUCCCCACCAGGAUCACCUCGCUGCUGUUACCGGAAGAGACACCGCAGCAGAGCGUGCAGGGGACCGGGACACGCGCUAUGGAGGUCUUCUGUGGGGGUGAUCAGAUACGCGUGGACCGCUUCCAGGUGCGCUCCUGGACCAACCCGUACCUGUUCAGCCUGGGAACAUGCCGAGUCAGCAAAGUCACCCCGCGAUUUCUUUAUUUCCAUUACAGACUGACCGAGUGUGGAGGACAGUCACAGAUUGUUGGUGGUCAGCUGGUGUACUCCUUCACUCUGUCUUAUACUCCUCCUCCACAAGACUUCACCAUCAGAGUCAUACCUCUGACACUUCCCCUUCAAUGCCAUUACAACAGGUUUCACUACUCGUACAAAGUCGGCUUCAGACCUAAAGUCCAGCACAAGACGUUUCUGAAGAGCAUCACGAGUACACUGAGCUUCAGCCUCACCGUCUGUAACGAGCAUUGGGAGCCCGUCCCUGCGGGUCAAGGGUUCGAUUUGGGAGAGUCGGUGUAUUUCGUUGCCCGGAGCGGAGUUCUGUUAGCCGGAGAGAGUCUGUACGUGGACUCCUGCUACGCCACCAGCUCCAAAGACCCGCACAGCCAGCCCAGAGUCGACAUUAUCACCAACUAUGGCUGUAUGACAGACAGCAGGAGGGAAGGCAGCAACUCAUACUUUCUGUCUGCAGGGGGCGCUGUGCUCAAGUUUUCUGUGGAUGCUUUACUCUUCAGUGCUGUCUCACAAGUGUUGUAUCUCCACUGCUCAAUGUCAGUCAGCCUCACUACCUCUGACGUCUCGAAAUCCUGCAACUACAACACCGCUGCUGGCAGGUGGGAGGAGCUUGAAGCCUCGCCCUCAGUGUGCUCGUGCUGUGAGUCCACGUGCACUGAUGGACAGGACGUGACUAAGAACACAGUCAGCAGUCAGGGCUGGUUCAUGGGACAAAACGCCAAAGAGAAACCGAGAAUGAGGGCAAGUUCUCUCCAAGCAGAGGAGGAGAGAGAGUCGGAGGAUGAAGAAGAGGACGAGGAGGACGAGGAGGUGGAUGAAGAAGAAGAGGAGGACGAAGAUGAAGAAGAAGAAGAAGAAGAGGAGGAGGACGAAGAUGAAGAAGAAGAAGAAGAGGAGGAGGACGAAGAUGAAGAAGAAGAAGAGGAGGAAGAGGAAGAAGAAGAAGAGGAGGAAGCAGAGGAGGAGGAGGAGGAGGAGGAGGAAGAAGAAGAAGAAGAAGAAGAAGAGGAAGAGGAGGAGGAGGAGGAGGAGGAGAAGAAGAAGAAGGGCAAUGAAAGGACUGAGGAGGACUUGAGGUCUUUGCCACCAGAGACAGAUAUCGACGGUGAUGAGGGGAAAGAAGAAGCUGUUCCUGAAAAGACGCUUGUGUUAGAUGAGAGGAAGGAGUGGAGGAACAGUUCUGCAGUCAGCCACCAGGGGGAGAGAGAAACAGAAGAGGCGGUGAAGGAGGAGGACAACCAGAUGAAAGAAUUGGAAUCAGACAUAAUCAUUUUGUCAGAGCAGACUGAGAAAGCGGGAAAUGAAUCAGUCUCUGGUGCAUUAAAUAGUUCUGAAAUCAUUGAGAAAAGCAGCAUUAAUGUGCUAAGAGAUUAUUCUGGAAACAAAACUUUCUCUGCAACAAAUUCCAGUUUUGUCGUCGAUUCUUUCAACACAAGUUCCCCUGCUGGAAAUGUUUCCACAGCUGCAGCGCUUUGUCCCGAAGGUGAUCACAUGAAUUGUAGUUCUGCCGACGACGGGGUUAAAAGUUAUCCUUCUGGCUCCAUGAAUGCAACUGUUGGUGCCGAUCUCCCGUCUAAAGAUAGAGCUCCAUCUGACCUCGGCAGAUCCGGUUCUGUUUGGGAUUCAAGCGUCCGAGAGAGUCCGCUUGGCAGUGGACUUGAGACCUUAUCCGAGUCAGAGCAGGCCAAGUCUGCUAAUAAAUCAUUUGACACAGAGUCCGGCCAGAUCCAAGAGCUGGCAGACGACUCUGAGGACCGUAAAGGACCGGACGGAGAUGAUGAAACGCUUCACAGUCUACUGAUCAGAGCGUUACAACCAGAUUCUCAUCCUGCCGUGAUCAGUGAUCUAAUCGGCAGGUUACUCGCCGAUUCUGGUUUUGAGUCUGGACUGGAAAACGAUGAAGCCCUUCAUCACCUGGGUCAGUUUACUGAAGCAGCAGAGCCCCACAAAGACAAGUUUCCUGAAAGAGCACACAGUCUGAGUUCUGGUCUUGUUGGAUCAGAGAAGCAGGACAACCCGGGUCAUUCCUCCGAGGUGACGGUGACUGAAUCCUCAGAGAGCAGCAGCAGCAGCAGCAUGUUUGACAGGAAGUGGGCGGAGGCCGAGUCUGAUUGGGGCCUGCAGAGUUUAGAGUACAUGAUGAAAAAGCCGAUGGAGGACUAA